AUGGCGUCCCCGACGCGCAUCCUGGUCCGCGCCGACGAGACGGGCCUGCUUGGCAUGACGCAGACGCCCGAGGCGGCGGCCAAGGUCAGCGCGCUGCUGCAGGAAGACAUGGAGAAGCACAAUGUCUUUUUUAACGAAAAGGGUUAUCACAACCAUCUUGUCCACCAGCUCCUGACGCUGUAUGGCACCGGUGCCACGCCUGAGGACAUCCAGCGCGGCUACGAUAACAAUAAAUCCUAUCAGCUGAAGCGAAAUGAGCAGGGAGAAGAGGUGCAAAGUGCCCUGCAUGACAACUUUGACGAGGCCGCAAAGGAGUUCUUUGGCCGGGGCCGAUAUUAUGGCAAUUUCCUCCGCUUUUACCAAGAAGAGAUUGAGAAACUUGGCUGGCAAGAAACCGUCCUCAAGUAUCUCAUUAACAAUGAGCAAAAUUUUACUCGCCUCUUUUCUGGCCUUCUCCAUCCAUACCUCCAACUCAUGUACGGCCUGGAAUGGGCGCAGCCCGCUCUUGUCGCCGAGGGCCUCGCGCAGACCAGCAUCCACCGCGACAACUUUGGCGUGCUCUUUGCCGCCGUCGACGAAAAGGCCCGGCGAAACCCGCCCGCGCCGCAGCAACCGCCACGGCACCUCGCCAAGCUGCUCGAGACCAUUGGCGACGAGCACCCGCAGCUCGUGGCCGAGCCCAAGUUCGAGGACGGCGACGGGAGCCGGACCGCUGUGCUGGACCGCAUUCCCGACCAAGUCGCCGAAUACCUCGCUGCCAAUGUGCGCGUCGACCCGGACAACAACCUGGACGAGCAGAUUGACGCCAUGGUCCACGCGUCGGCCCACCACAACAACCUCACCCCCGCGUUUCUCUGGCUCAAGACGCAGGACUGGAUCCCCGCGGCCGCCAAGGCCCGCCUGCUCGAGUGGAAGCUGCGCACCGGCGUCCUGACCUUUGUGUCCCGCGGCAGCCCGCGCCUCGACGUGGACGCGCUGCGGCGCUACGUGCCCAAUGAUGUCCGCACCGGCAGGGCGCGGGCCAUGGUCGCCAGCCCGGAGGAGCUGCUGCCGCGGCUGCACGCCGUCGCCGACGACGGGCACGCCAUCAAGGUGGCGCGCGCAUUCUUGCUCGCGCAGCGGGCGUCGAAGCCGUACCUCGACCGUGCGCAGCGGCCAGCGUGGAUCAGGCUCGCCGACGACGAGACGUGGCUCAAGGCGCACUAUGCCUUGCUGGACAGCGUCGAGGGCGCCGAUAUGGACGCUGGUAAGGAGCCGCGCUGGGUCCGCUCGGCUGGUUUCGACGGCGCCUGGGAAGACGUUCCCAAGAUGUAA